AGCUCCCGUGUCCCGCACUCACACUAUCUGUCUUCUCCGCACCCCGCCCGGUUCUUCUCCCCUCUCUUCUCAGAGGAAACUUCCCGGACUCCUCCAGCUGAACAUGGCGGACACCAGCCUGCAGAUAGUGGAGCAGCCCACCGUCCUCCCUGACACCCCACCCGGGGAAAGUUCGGACACCGAGCCCAUCAAAGCCGACCAGAUAAACGGGGUUCUGGUGCUGAGCCUGCUGGACAAGAUCAUCGGAGCCGUGGACCAGAUUCAGCUGACCCAGAGCCAGCUAGAGGUCCGACAGCAGGAGAUGGAGAGCGCCGUCAUCAGCAUCCAGGGGGAACUGACCAAACUCACCAAGUCCCAUGCCACCACCAGCAACACGGCCGGGAAACUGCUGGAGAAGGUGAGGAAGGUGAGCGUCAAUGUGAAGACCGUGCGACACAACCUGGAGAGACAACAGACUCAGAUCAAGAAACUGGAGAGCAACGAGUCCGAACUUCUCCGGAGGAGGAACUUCAAAGUCAUGAUCUACCAGGAUGAAACAAAGCUGCCUUCCAAGCUUAGCAUCAGCAAGUCUUUGAAAGACACAGAGAAGCAUGAAAUAGAAGGAGAAGUUCAAGAGAAUGAGAAUAAGGAAGAAGAUGAAGAUCAUAUCCAGCUGUCAUCUGAUGAAGAGGUAGAGAUGGAAGAAAUCAUUGAAGAGUCUAGAGCUGAACGAAUCAAGAAAAGUGGAAUGAGGAGAGUUGAUGACAUAAAGAAAGCUUUCUCAAAGGAAAAAAUGGAAAAAACCAAGGUUAAAACCAAAGAGAAUUUGGAAAAGACCAAACAGAACUUGGAGAAGACCAGGCACAACAUUGAGAAGAAGAUGACCAAGUUUGGAACCAAGAUUGUGACAAAUGAGAGACGAGAAAAGAUGAAGACCUCCAAGGACAAGUUUAAAAAGUCCUUCACACCCGACCAUCCUGUCUAUGCCCGUUCCAAAACCGCUGUCUACAAGGUGCCUCCCUUUACUUUCUAUGUGAAGAAAAUCAGGGAGGGCGAAGUAGAGGUUCAGGCCACAGAAAUGGUGGAAGUUGGAGGAGAUGAAAUGGAAGAAGAGGGAACCGAGCUGUUGAGAGGAGAAAGCCCUGAUCCUCAUUCCCUUCUGCAAAUCACAGAGGACACUGAUGCCGUACUGGCUGAGAGAAGCGACAGUGACUAGGAAUGAUACAAGAGUCACAAUACUUCUAUGUGGACAGCUAUAUUUUAUAACCUUCUUCACAUUGCAAAUUCAAUUCAUUUCUUUUUUUUUCAUAAUCACACAUAUCUUUUUGCAGCUCUUAACACAAAUAAAGAAUAUAUAUUAAUCAUCUUUGUACUAAGCAGGCCACACAUUCAGCAAAAGGGGGUAAAUAAAAACUGAUCCCACGAAUGUUAUUAUAUUUUUUAUAAGCACAGUAUCACUGCCUCUCCUAAUAAUCUGCUGAAUACUGUUACUAGUAGUACACUGGUCUAGGAUGUUUAAAGAAAACAGAUACUGGGUCCAUUUACAGUACUUGCUAUUGAUACAUUCAAAAACAUUUCAUAACUAAAGCACAUUGCAAGAAUGCUCAUAGUAAGGCUGAUCUGCAAAAGCUAGGAUAAAAAAAAACAGUACAAAUGUUGAACAAUUUUCUAUAAUUGCAAAUACAUUUUAUUCUUUCAAAUGGUUUACAGAAUCUAAUUGGUUGUGCUAAUCAACUAAACAAGUUUUAACUCAA